AUGGUCGUCUCUGAUGCAACCGAGUUUCACCAGCCAGCUUGGCAUUACACCUUUGCGGGUGGACUCGCGUCCGUCGUAUGCAGAUUCGCGAUUGCGCCGUUUGAUGUUUUAAAAAUACGAAUGCAAGUUUCCCAAUCAUCGUUUCUUCAGGUACUGAAUACAACUCUUCGCAAUGAAGGUUAUCGAGCUCUUUGGAGGGGCAAUGUUUCAGCAGAGUUUUUAUACUUGAUUUAUGGUAGCACAGAAUUUGUUGUUUUUUCAAAAAGCCGGGUUUUGACAGAAAACUUACAGUUGAAUAAACAUGUCUUGAACUUUUUAUGUGGAGCUUUGGCCGGUUCCUGUGCAACCAUUGCCUCGUACCCGUUUGAUACAUUACGAACUCAGUUUGCAACCUCAAAAGAGAAACCACGUUUCAUGCCAACUGUUAAGAAUAUCCUUCAAACUCGUGGAACUCAAGGAUUUUUCCCAGGUCUAAAGCCAACUCUUUAUCAAAUUGGUCCCCAUGUAGGUCUUUUCUUCAUGGCUUACCGAGCUAUUUAUUCAUCAUUGUCGCCUAUGGGGAUAGCAGCUAGCUCUUCUAUAAGCGGAGUAUUGGCUGGUGUUGCUGCAAAAGCUCUGCUAUUCCCAGUCGAUACUAUCGUAAAGAUUAUGCAAGUCUCUAAUUUGCAACACCCAUCAUUUGGACAGUGUUUCAAAACCGUCUUGCACACUUCUGGAGCUGGUGGUUUUUACCGGGGCUUACCCAUUAGCAUUGCCAAAGUGGCUCCCGGAAGGGCAAUUACCAUGCUUAUUUACGAAGAAACUUUACGUACCCUCAACAAGAUUUCGCCCGAAACGGAAGAUGCUAGUAGAUAG